AAAAAUACUUAUCUUAACAGCCUUCCAACAAGAAAGAGAGAGAGAGAGAUGGAUCAAACAGUGGUGAAUAAGACACCAACUUCUCAUCAAAAACAUAUGAUCCGUACGAUCAGAGCAGCCAUGAGGCUACUAUUGAUCGUAUUGAUUAUGGGCUUCUUUUUUCUUUGGAUCAUAAUGCCCACCAACACCUAUAAGCUCAAAUGGCAGCCUCGAAUCAAGGCCAAGGUUAAUACGACGACGUAUUUCGGAACACAAGGUUCGACGCUUCUUCUGUACACAUUUCCCGUCUUAUUGUUUGCUGUUCUGGGCUGCAUCUACAACCAUCUGGGAAAGUAUUUGGAUGAUCAUCACCAUCAUAAUAAUACAGAAAGAAGCGAUAAAAAGAAGAGCAGCAAUAAGUUAGGGUUAUGGAAACAGCCUAUGCUUGUGAAAGGCCCUCUGGGAAUCGUCUCGGGCAUAGAGCUUGGGUUCUUCGUCAUGUUCAUUGCACUCCUCGUUUGGUCUUUUUCUACUUACUUACAAAACAGUUUUGCCAAAAUCACCCUCGAAUCCGCAGCCGAAGAUGGAGAGAAAGUAUGGGAAUCGAAGCUUGAGAGUUCAGGCCUGAGAUUAGGGUUGGUUGGGAACAUCUGCCUGUCGUUCCUGUUCUUCCCGGUGGCCCGGGGAUCGUCGGUGCUGCCGCUGUUCGGGCUGACUUCGGAGGCGAGCAUCAAGUACCACAUAUGGCUGGGACAUAUGGUUAUGACACUCUUCACAGCUCAUGGCCUUUGUUACAUCAUCUUUUGGGCUGUGACAAAUCAGAUCUCAGCGAUGUUGACAUGGGAGAAAACUGAUGUUUCGGUUGUGGCGGGGGAGAUCGCAUUGGUUGCAGGAUUAGCGAUGUGGGUCACAGUGAUACCUCGCAUAAGGCGUAAAAUGUUUGAGCUUUUCUUUUACACACAUUACCUUUACAUUGUGUUCGUUUUCUUCUUUGUUCUCCACGUUGGCAUCCCUUACGCCUGCAUUAUGCUCCCUGCUUUCUACCUCUUCAUGGUUGAUCGUUUCUUGAGAUUUUUACAAUCUCGCAACUCUGUUCGUCUCGUCUCCACUCGCAUCUUGCCUGACUCAUUUGAGCUCAACUUCUCCAAAACUCAAGGGUUGAAUUUUCAGCCGACAAGCACCAUAUUCAUAAAUGUGCCGAGUAUCUCGAAGAUUCAAUGGCACCCUUUCACCAUAACUUCUAGUAGCAAAUUGGAGCCCGAAAAGCUGAGCGUUUUAGUUAAAUGUGAAGGAAGUUGGUCUAAGAAGCUCCACCAAGUGCUUUCUUCGCCGUCUUCCUCCGUUGACAGGCUUGAGGUUGCUGUUGAAGGACCUUAUGGCCCUGUUUCAACUCAUUUUCUAAGGCAUGAUGCCCUGGUGAUGGUGAGUGGAGGCAGCGGCAUAACCCCAUUUAUCUCCAUAAUCAGAGACAUGAUCUUCAACGCCAAAGCUCUCAAAUCCAAAACCCCACGACUUCUUUUGAUCUCUGCCUUCAAGAACUCAUCCGACCUCGCAGCCCUAGACAUUGUUCUCCCUCUCGCCGGAACCCCAUACGACCUCGCCGACCUCAAUCUCCAGAUCGAAGCUUUCGUCACCAGAGAGAAAGAACAACCCCAAUCCCAAACCACAAAACUUCCCAUCUCCCGAACCCGAUGGUUGAAGCCCAGUCCCACCGACUCGCCCAUCUCGGCCGUCCUGGGUCCGAACCACUGGAUUUGGCUGGGUGGGAUCAUAGCGUCCUCCUUCGUCGUGCUCCUCGUGUUGAUCGGGCUUAUCACUCGCUUUUACAUAUACCCAAUUGACCACAACUCGAACAAAGUUUUCGCUUACUCGUAUAGAGCUUUGCUAAACAUUUUGGUAAUUUGCUUCUCCAUAGCUGGGACGGCGAGCUUGGCGGUGGUUUGGAAUAGGAGAGAGAACGACAUGAAAGCAAAGCAGAUUCAGAGCUUAGAUGGAUCAUCGUUGACACCGACGGCGUCUCCGGAAUCGCUGUUUUAUAAUGCGGAGAGAGAGUUAGAGCUGGAGAGCCUUCCCAGGCAGACUCUGGGAGAAGCUACGAAGGUCCACUAUGGUCAAAGACCUGAUCUCAAGAGGAUUUUGUUUGAGUGUAAAGGAUCGAGCAUAGGAGUCCUAGCCAGUGGACCAAAGCAGCUGAGGCACGAAGUGGCCAACAUAUGCUCCUCCGGUUUGGUGGAAAAUUUGCAUUUCGAGUCCAUUAGCUUUAGCUGGUGAUUGUCAUUGUGAUUCCCUCCGCUCUAGUAUUUUUACUUGUGUUGUUGUGUAUAACUAUCGACUAGUGCUGCUUGCUUCUGAUUUUGACCUCUAUUUCCUGUUUUUCUUAAUAUAUAUAUACACACAAUAUGUACACAUACAUACAUACAUACAUACAUAUGUAAUAUUAAAAAUUUGUAAUUUGGGUCCGUAAAAUAAAAGUGACCAAUGUGAAUGCAAGAUGCAAAUUGUUGUGUGGACUUA